AUUCGGUCGACUUUUGGUGGCACGCAAGUGAAUAAUACUCGAGUGUUUUUCCGACAGAUAUUGUGAAUUUGACUUACCUUAUGUUCGUUUUAUAGAACAAAACGGAUUGGUGCCAAGAUGAGCCAUUCCAAGGCAGCGCCAGGCUGUUGCUUCAUCUGCAAAAGCACGGAGGACGAUGAGCUUCUGUUCGGUAAAAUGUACACCAAGUGGCGUAUGCGGGUCCACUAUUACUGCUUGCUUCUCUCAUCGAAUAUGGUGCAGAACGGAGAAUCAGACGAGGAAGGAAUUUUUGGCUUUCUUCAGAAGGACAUCCGCAACGAAGUGGCCCGUAUACAGAACCAAAAGUGCUACAUCUGCAAGCAGCGCUAUGCUAAUGUGCAUUGUUGCGCUAAAAAGUGCUUUCGGACGUUCCACACAAUCUGCGGCAUACGGAAUGGCUGCCUGUCUCACUUCGUAGAUACCUACCAGUCGUGGUGCGAUAAACAUAUCGAACUACGGGAUCGGGAAAUACACGGCGAAAGCGACGUUUGCAAUAUAUGCUACGACGAAAUGGGACCGUAUAAUCGGUUGGAAUCGAUCCAUGCACCCUGCUGUCACAAUGGCUGGUUUCAUAGGCGGUGUGUAGCGCAGUUUGCCCAAACGGCGGGGUACUUUUUCAAAUGUCCUCUCUGCAACAAUAAGGAUGAUUUUAUGCGGUUCAUGCAGCAAAGAGGGGUUUUUGUACCGGAGAAGGAUGCCGCUUGGGAAAUGGAACCGAACGCCUUUGGAGAUCAGCUAGAGCGGCCCACGGUUUGCGACGCUGAAAAGUGCCUUUGUCCUUAUGGACGUGAUUACGAUGAUACCAAGUGGGAUAUAAGAUUGUGCGAAACUUGCGGCUCUACUUGUCGCCAUGAUCGAUGCAUGGAAAUACCAACAAAGAACUACGUAUGCACGUUCUGUCGUCCGAUUGUGGGCGAUGAAGUCCCGGCUGCGGUACUGGCUCUGGCUGAAGCUUCUCGACGAGCGGAAGCAGCUAGAUGUCAAUCUACCUCCUCCAUUAGUUCAUCGAAUGAAAGUGACGAAGAGCAUUCUAAUGGUCAAAGGUAUGAAUCAGGUAUUCACAGUCCUGGAAGCAGCAGGGAAAGUAGUUCGCCGUCAUUCGCCGGCUUUGCGAACGUAAAUCGAAAGCUUAAAAACAAGAAACGACGAAUUGAGUCGUCAGAUUCCACAUCAGAUUCAUCAACUGUGAAAACAAAAAAGCACAAAUCUUGGUCGAAACGAAAAAGCAGACUAGAGCAGAGCGACGAUAGUGACUCUGGCUCUGAAAUAUGUCGAAAAACAAAAAAAAGUCGAAGAAUUUCCUCUUCUUCGUCGCUUUCCUCCCGUAACAGUGGCGAUAGCAUUAAUCUAGAAAGACUAUUGAAGAGGGUACCUCUUCAGAAAGCUAGUGUUGAUAAGCUGAUAAAAUUAAAACCGGUAGUUCAACUGCGAAGGCUCAGCGAAGAUCAGAUUAAGGUGCUGAGUUUUGCCGCAGUGGAGGAGGAAACAUUUGAUUUCACCUAUCGUGUCAAACUGAACAAAACUCAACGGCGUAAAACGAUGACCGACUUGCAGCAGUCGAUAAAGGAUGCCAUUCGUUCCGACACCGAUACGUUAACUGACGGUUCGGCCAGCCGAGCAAACGAACCAGCUGAGAGGGCUUCGCAAAGAUUCUCUAAGAAGUAUAAACUGAAGUUGCUUCUGCCGAAGUCUGUCCCGCAGAAACGGGUUGUUGUCUCUAACAGUAGCGAAUCCGAUCCGGAAGUUCCCGCUAAGAAGUUGUGUACACCACAAGGGACACAAAACAAAAGCCGUAUCACAUUGCUUUCCUCGGACAACUCGGAAAACACCUGUCCGAAUAGCCCGCAGAAGGUCUCUCCAGCGGAUCCCAUCGUUAGCGCGGUAAAACCGUCACCGGACAAGUUGCAUGCAACGGUUGCAUCACCGGUAUUUUCACCGACAACAACACCCAAAACGGAACGCAAAGUGCGAAAGGAGCCACCAUCCAAUGGCCAAAAGACCACCACAGGCAGUCAUCAGAAGACGUUGACAAGCUUUUUCAAGAUAUCUCCGCCGGUUUCGAACGAGGUGUCUUCUGCUGCUACAGGCAGUAGUGCAAUAUCGUGUUCAACUGCGACUCCAUCAUCGUCGUCAUCGUCUUCGUCGGUGGCUGGAAAAAGUACUAAAAUCACGCCGGCCAGUGCCUCGCGCAAGAAACUGGCAGAGUUGGAUCGCGGUCAGAAGAAUCUACUGGAUUUCUUCAAUAGGUGCUAG